GUGUGAGGAUGGAGGUCGGCGUGUAGUCAACAUUGCAAAAUGCUCCUGGUCGACAAACGAAGAAGAUUGCAGGUCAGCCAGACCAAGAGACUCACUGCCACUAAAACCGGAGGCCGAUCUUAGAAGCUGAGCCCAGCGAGGAGCCUGAGACCUGGGUGCCGGAGAGCAGAGAUCAGCCCGGAGCCCCGCGGUCAGAGAGGACGUCAGAGUCAGGGAGACCGGUCAGUCUGGAGGUGUCCUUCUGUGUGCACGUGUUGUCCCCAUUACUUCCAGUGACAGAGGCGUGCAUCGGGGGUCCAGAUGAGGGAGUGGUCUGAGAUGGAGAUGAUGUCGUCGGGGGGCUUCCUCUCGGUCCCGGACCCGUACGGCCCCCCCGAGCCCCUCCAGUGCUACGACAUGCUGUCAGACCCCCUGGCCUUCCCCUUCCAGGAGCCGGACUUCCAGCUCCUCCCGUACCCCCAGCAGCAGUACCCCAGCGGCCCCGGGGCCCUCCCCUUCCACCACCUCUACGGCUCCACCGCCUCCCCCACCACCACCACCUCCUCCUCCUCCUCGUCCUCCUCCCCCUUCUCCUCCUCCCACCCCUGCCUCCCGCCGUACCAGUACAGCCCCCACUGCUCCGAGAGCCACUUCGGCCCGUUCGGCCCGCCGGCCCCGGAGGCCCCCCAGUACGGAGCCCCGGAGCAGGGGAGCGGGGUCGGAGCCCUGCCCCAGAACAGGAGGUCCCGGCUGGGCCCCGGCGGCCGGGCGAGGGCCCAGGAGGAGCUGUGCGUGGUGUGCGGGGACAAGGCCUCGGGGUACCACUACAAUGCGCUCACCUGCGAGGGCUGUAAAGGUUUCUUCCGUCGGAGCGUGACCAAGAAGGCGGUGUACCGGUGCAAGAGCGGCGGCGGCUGUGAGAUGGACAUGUACAUGAGGAGGAAGUGCCAGGACUGCCGGCUCAGGAAGUGCCGCGCGGUGGGAAUGCUAGCUGAAUGCCUGCUGACGGAGGUACAGUGCCAGUCGAAGAGGCUGAGGAAGGGGUCAAAAGGUCGUCUGGGAGGCCAGGAGGAGGAGGAGAGCACAGAGAGAAGCAGGGUCAGCUCCUCAAACAGGCUGCUAGCACAGUCGCUGUCGUCCAGACUGUCCCGGGACCAGGAGCUUCUCCUGCAGAGGGUUCUGGAGGCCCACCGGCAGUACCGGGCGCAGGACGGGACAAUCAGCCCGAUGUUUGAGUGGCCGUACGUGGAAGAUGAGGAGUGUUUGUCGUACGGAGUGUCCUCACACUUACAGAGAUUGCUCCAGUUCGCCAGGACGUUGCCGGGCUUCGACCUGCUGGAUGUCUCCGACCAGGGCACUCUGCUCUCCGCCUGCUCCCUAGAGGUCAUGUUUCUGCUCUCUGCUCAACAGUUCUCCCAUAACCGGGUCGCCCCCAGCCCAGCCCUCCAGCCUUUCAACAUCUCAACACACCACUGGCUGAAGAGCUUGGAGACCAAGGAAAACAACUGCAGGACGUCACACAAUUCAGAGCCCAGCGAGGACCCCCUGACCUCGGUACUCAGCUUCUUCCACAGCAUGACGGCUCUGAGGGUGACGGACGCGGAGUACGCCCUGCUCACCGCCACCGCACUCCUCUGCUCCGACCGGCCCGCCCUGCACGCCCCAGGCACGGUGGAGAGCCUCCAGGAGGUGGUCCUGGAGGUGCUGUCACAGCUCUGCGUGUCCCAGGCCAGGGAGUGCAGCGGGCCCCAACACUUCGGCCGGCUGUUGGGCAGACUCACCGAACUGAGGACCCUGCGACACAACCACCUUCUGCUGCUCCGACAGCAGCCGUAGCCAAUGGCACGGCCAGAGAGCCACCGGGCGACCAAUCACAGGGCAGCCGAGUACACGGACAGCCAAUUAACAAGUGGGUCAAUCACAGGCCUGUAAUUGAACACUGGGCCAAUCGAAUGCUGUCCGUUUUGGCCUCCUUGUCCCUGCUUCAAACGUUUUGUAUUACUAUUGGCCGCUUAACGAUCACUGGGUUAAUGAUUUCAUGAACCGUUAUUUUAUUUUUUUAAGGAUGUUUUUUUUUAUGUGCAAGAGUUUAUAUUGUAUAUCUACCACAUAUGUACUUUUAAAUACAUUUAAGACAGUAUUAUUUUUGUAAUGUGACGAUAGAGAUCUUUCAUAGGCCCUCGCUGAUCAGGUGAGGUAGCUGCAGCCAAUGGGAGCUAAGCCAUAUUGUAUUGGCACAUUUCAACACAACACCACCGACUUUCUAUUGACUACACACACCCUUAUGAUUAUACAAAGCAGCUGGCAUUGCAACAAGACAUCCAACAGCAAGCCUUUUGUUCGGUUGUCAAAUACCUGUCAUGCCCUAUUGCAAACAUCCCAAGAUGAAAGACAACAGAAACCAUUUGUGAGAACGAGUCAGGUACACAUAACAUUAUGACACAUGUUGACAUCAGUCAUGACAUGACUCCUCCCAUGGGUGGGUCGUUUAUAACAUGAUUCACAUUCAAGCACUAUCGUUUAUAGAGGAAGUAAACAUGGUUAUCUGUUACACUGAAUUAUCAAUAUUGUAUAGCAUUUCUAAACUAUAAAAUGGCAGUUUCCGGCAGAAAAUGCUGAGGGUGCUGGAGUGAAAAGUGAGGUUUGAAAUGUUUGAUUAAAGCCACAUAGUUUAAGACGUAAAGAAAUGUUAAAUUGCUUAAGUGAAGGGAUUUGAACAGUCUAAAUGGAGUAAACAAUGUAAACAUGCACAUCAUUUUAAAAAAUGUACAAUGGUUGGAAACAAAUAAAGUGAAGUUUAACAAUAUUCUCUCAUUUUUUAUACCUCCUUUUUCUAAUUUUUUUUUCUCUCCGAAAGAAUAAGAAAUAGAAAAUAUAUUUGUACAGAAUUAGAGCGCUUCAUGCAGCACUCUAUAAUUAAAACAAAACAGCCAAAGGGUUCCAAAAAAGUCUUUUAAUAAGAGUUGUUAUCAAUGAGAAAAAUACUGAUUCAGAAAAAAACAAGUAUUUGGCCAGUAGGUUAAAAUCUGCAGCCCAUAAACGUGUCCCCAUGAGCUUCAUAUUGUGGAAACCGUCAAUAAAUAAACUCUAUUCAAGUUAAAAACACCUCAGUAGAAACAUUUGCAAAGAAAGAAACAAAAAACACAGGCUGUAUUGUUCAAAAAAUCCUUUUACAUUUCUUUUUUUAAAUAAAAUAUUUUAUUCUCAAUUUCAACCAUUAUAGCUUUCUAUAGCCUUCCAUAAAUAAAUUAUUU